ACACGGCUCGUACAUAAACGCAAGAUACCGCGAGAUCGAAACACAAAAAAAAAACAUAAAAUCAAAAACAAAAACCCCGUGUAUAUAACGCUAAAUUGUAAACAAGGCGACGACGCUAUAAUGUCAGACACGUUCUAAACAAAAUUCGAGAUAAACAUCAAAAACACGAGAGAUUGGUCACAAGAAAAGGCCAAACAACAGACGGUGAACAAAAAAGUGGAUAUAAAAAAAUCAACCAAAAAAAUUUAUUUGAAACGAAAAAUCCCCGCCCUAUUGACGAAUUUCCUCAUACAAAAUGAAGCGACGGAAAUUAUGCAUAUAUUGGACCGUAUUGCAGGCAGGCAUAAGUCUGGUGACUUGUAUGAUUUUGUUACUCUGUCAGCAGGGAGAUUCAGCUAUAAUUCCACCUCCAUGGAGUGAUCCAGAUAAGAAUCCUUGUGCUUCAAUGCCUGGGGGUUGGCAAUUGCUGUAUUGGCCACCUCUUCAGAAAUGUUUUAAAAUAUUUAGCGUAGGUUUUCCGUGUCCUGAUACUAUGGAAUUAAGUCCCACUGCGUCCAUAGGUACAAGCAAAAAGAAAUUAAUGUCCAAUGCACCGGUGGCAGAAUGUCGUUGUCCUCCCGGCACCGUAUUGAGUGGGCAAAAUAAUAAAUGUUAUCGUAUAUAUGAAAGAGGUCCUUGCAGUAAGGGGCAAUAUUUUAAUCCAGUGCCAGAAAUGCAAAUGCUUAACAAAAGAACUCCCAAUCGUUGGGGCAUGUGUAAGACUCCUAGAACCUGCCCCGAAAACAUGAUCUUCUGGCCAAAGGAUGGUAAAUGCUAUACACGCUUAACCAAAGGACCCUGCAUCAAGGGUAAACUAUUAGUUGUAAACGAAGAGGGUUUAGGCGAAUGUAAGUGCGAAGAUAGAGGAGAAUUGAAACCCUAUUACUACGAUCUAGAAGACAGUUGCCAUGAACAUUUUACCAAAGGACCUUGCUCUACUCCAGGUCAUCUGUUUUUGCCCGGAGGCAUUUGUGAUUGCCAUCGCUUUUUACCUCAUUAUUAUGACAACAAUCAAAUGUGUUACGAAUUAAAUACUCUGGGACCUUGUGCACCAGGCAAUGUAUUUGUCGUACCAGAAAAUCUUACAUCAGUGGAGGACCAAUCCUUCUUUAGUCGCGCACCUAUUCCCAAAGCCCAAUGCCAAUGCAAGGAAGGCUAUAUAUCAUGGCCCGAUGGUUUAUGCUACCGCCUCUAUACCAGGGGUCCUUGUGAGCCUGACGAGUUUCUCAUCAACUCCACAAGUUGUGUGGAAAAUUUCUGUGGUAAAAAUCGCCUAUAUUUUCCCGAUCAAAAUCAAUGCUAUCGCAUUGGAUCUCAGGGACCCUGUGAUAUUGACCAAGUGGUUGUAUUUGAUUUCACCGCUAAACCCUCCAUCGAUGGCAUUUCCUAUAAUGGCAUGUGUGGUUGCGCGGGAAUUCUCAAGAAUCUAGAUCAGCAAUGUUCCACACCUUCAGAGGCCAUGACAAACAGAUGUGAGUCCACACCAGGCAUGGUAGAGCUAGAAGGCAAUUGUUAUAAAUUAUACAGCAGGGGGCCCUGCGGUCCCGGUCAAUGGCUGGAACCCAUUAAAUCCAUAGUUGCAGACACUGCCAGACACAUACAAACUAAGGCGAAAUGUGUUUGUCGUCCAGGCUAUUCACCGAUGGAGAAGGAGGAAAAUUCAACCUCAUUAAUAUUAACAUCCUCACCUUCGCCAUCAUCUAUGAAUUCUCUGGUGGAACGAUGUAAUGCACCCACUGUAGGCUUAGCAAGGUAUUUGACACAACACAGUCUCAGCCAGAGGCAAAAUUCCAAGUUUUCUCAACAUUUUCUUUGACUAAUUUUCCCGUUUCUAAUUUCAACUAAUUUCGGAAACAUCGAAAACUACUUUUCUAAUGUAAUAUUGUUUCAAGGACUAAUGCAUGUCUUAAGUUGUUGUAUAUUACAAUAUAAAUUUGUUUUCAAGAACUUGUGUAUAUCCUAUCGUAUAUCCUGUCCUAUUCCCUAUCAACUGUUGGCAUUUGAAGAUAUGUUGAGCGGUAAUCCAAAUUAAAAA